GAUUCGUUCUUUGAUCGGCACAGGAGCGAGAGCUUACAUGAAAACCUCGAGUACAUGGCAAAGAAGUUUGGUUUCUUCAUCCCAUUCCUUGACAAGUGCAACAAUCUUGAUGGGAUGUUAGAGUACAUCAGGCAAAAGCUCACCGUUGGAUGUGUUUGCUUGUGGUGCAACAAGACCUUCUACUCGUUGGGGGCUGUAAGGAACCACAUGAUUUCAAAGUCCCACUGCAAGAUCAACUUCGAG